GCGGGGCAGUGGCGGCAGCGGCCCCGGCCCCACGGGCGCUUCAGCCGCCUCCAGCGGAGCCGUGCUGAGGAGUGCCGCUCCCUGGGGCUCGCCUGGGCGGUGGCCAACGGCCCUUCCGCUGUGGCAGCGGCUGAGCCGGGCGGGGGGCGAUGCCGCGGGGCAGAGGGUGGAUGUUCCUCUCUCAUGAACCCUCAACACGUACUCUGACUUAGCAGCAGCAAACAGGCUGUGUUGUGGGGGCAAUCUGUGUUUCAAUGAUUACACCAAUUCACCUGACGAGGAAGUGCCGCGUUUGGUGCUGAAGUGGCAAACACGCAUCUAAAUGGUAUUAGGCAGCUCUGCCGCUAGGAAAAAACCCAACCACCUUGCUAUGUCUCUCAGCCAGCUGAUGUGAACAGGACUGUAAGGACAUUCUGUGUUACCAAAGGAAGGUGCUCCUAUUUGUGCAGUGACUUAUGAUGUCAAGAACUGUAUCAUCCUGGAUCUUGAGCUCAGCAAGAAACAGCAUUGUUUUACAGGGAAAAGGACGUUUGUACUCCAUCUGUAUCCCAGAUAGAAACAAGAUAAAAUGGAAGCUUGUUUUCUCCAAAACACGUCUCUACCCUGCUGGGAGCUGCAGUUUAGACAAUACUUUCUCCUUAAAAAAAGCAUUCCGACACACUUCCACUGAAGAAGAACACUUAUCUUUCCAGCUGUCUCCAUCACAAAUCAAUGAUAUACUCAGAGCGGGUGAAUUAUCCCAUAAAAUACUGGAUUUGAAUGGUAGAAAUGCAAAUUCUGUGUUGAGGUUUGAAAGUAACCAGUUGGCAUCCAACACCCCUAUUGAAGACCGCAGAAGUGCAGCCACUUGCUUGCAGACCAAAGGGAUGAUGUUUGGAGUCUUUGAUGGUCAUGCAGGUUCUGCGUGUGCUCAGGCAGUAAGUGAGAGACUGCUUCAGUAUGUAGCGGUUUCUCUCAUGUCUCGGCAAACCUUGGAAGAGAUUGAGCUUGCUGUGGAGUACAUGAAACCAGUUCUGCCUAUUCUGCAGUGGCACAAGCAUCCAAAUGAUGUAGAGUAUCAAGAAAUAACUUCACAAUAUUUUGAAAAUCUCCGGGUUUACUGGCAACAUUUACUGGACCUAGACACUGAGCCAGGAUUUAGUUUAGAAGAAGCCAUGAUAUGUGCAUUCAAAAGGUUAGACUCGGACAUAUCACUGGAAGUUCAGGCUCCCCAGGAAAAUGAAUUGAUGAGAAAUAUUGCUCUUCAAGUAGCUUUUUCUGGUGCAACAGCCUGUGUAGCUCACGUUGACAGUGUUCACUUACAUGUUGCAAAUACUGGUGAUUGCAGAGCGAUUUUAGGGGUUCAUGAAGAAGACGGAACAUGGUCAACUCUCCCUCUAACCCGAGACCACAAUGCCUUUGAUGAAUUUGAAAUUAGAAGACUGAAGAGAGAACAUCCUAGAUCUGAGGAGAAAACCCUGUUUGUGAAUGACAGAUUACUGGGGAUUCUCAUGCCCUCCAGAGCUUUUGGAGAUGUGCAAUUAAAAUGGAGUAAAGAGUUGCAACACAGCAUUCUCGAGAAUAGCUGUGAUGUUGAAGGUUUAAAUAUUUAUCAGUACGUUCCUCCAAACUACCAUACGCCCCCUUAUUUAACUGCAGAGCCUGAAGUCACAUACCACAAAUUAAGAAGCAAGGAUAAGUUUCUAGUUAUUGCUUCGGAUGGACUAUGGGAGAUGCUAAGUAAUGAGAAGGUUGUAGAACUUGUUGCUGGACACCUUACAGAGCUUAAUAUGCAGAAACCACAACUGGCUUUUGAGAAACCAGUAAAUUUGGGUUAUAUGCACAGCUUGUUACUUCAGAGGAAAAACAGAGGCAUUGCCUCACUUGACCAGAACAUAGCUACUCAUUUAAUAAGACAUGCAAUUGGAAGUAACGAGUAUGGGGAGGUAGACCAAGAAAAACUUGCUGCAAUGCUGACACUGCCUGAAGAUCUUGCAAGAAUGUACAGAGAUGAUAUCACGGUUACUGUGGUGUAUUUUAAUUCGGAAAAAAUUGAAAAUUACUAUAGAACCAAUGAAUAGAGACUUGCACUGCUGCUGUUCUAUACCACUAGCCAACUCUGAUACUGAAACCAUUACUGUUUUUCUUUGGUAGACAAGCUGUUAUCAGUCUUAUGGUCUGGAAGUUCCUAAGUCCUUUUGUUACUUAUUAGUCUUGAAAAUAACUUUCUAGAAGCAAGCUUGGUGAAAGUUCUGUGGGUUUCCAGGUCUGUAGACACUGAAAAAAAUGUUUUGAUAAAGGUUCACUGAAAUGUAACUGAACUAAAAAUUACUGAUCCAGUUCUGAUUCCAUGGGAAGCACUGGUAAAACUUUCCAAAUGAACAAAUGAGACAAAUUUCACUGAGACUGGUACAACUUGAUAGAGAGAUGAAUGACUGUAGCUGCAUGGAGCGUAAGAAAGGCUCUGGUCUUGUGGAAAAUGAAUUGCAUCCUAUUGAAGCACUGUAACUGAAUUAAAUAAACUACCAAACCUUUA